AUGAGAAUAGUUUCCUUCCUGUUUUUGUUCGCACUCUACCUCACAACAGACACAACUCCGCCCCAACAAGACGCAUCCGCUGAGGGUCUGCGUUCCAUCACACAUAAUGAAAUGCUUAAAUUGGGCGGUGACCUGAUAGCGAUUUACUGGGAUUCAGCUGCAGCAACGGAUCAGCAAAAAGAGACCCUUCAAGAUCUACAUAACAUAUCCCAAGCGAUGGUCGUGCAGGGGCUUCACCCGAUAUUUCUUAUUGACAAGCAGAAUAAGGCCAAUAAUGACGCAUUCAACCUGUCUUAUUUCAAAAAGCUCCCCCGUCUCAUGAUGCAUCUUGGCGAGGAGAACGUAACAGAGUUAAUGGAGGAGUCAUUCAAUGUACCCAACGUAGCAGCCUUUGUGUUAGAUAGAAUACAGAGAGGAGACCCGGAAGAUAUGUAUUCCUUCGUCUCUGAGGAGGAUCUUCUUGAUUUUUACGAAGAAACUGAUCGAAAGCCGGUGCUGUUGUUCUUUACCAGUAAGAUGUGCAAGACGUGUGCGGCAAACAUGAUCUCCAUCCAGCGAUUGGCAACCUCUCUAAAGGAUAACGUAACCACAAUGACAGUUAACUGCGACGGAACCCUCGAUGAGAACAAUUACUGCAGUCGUAUAUUGAUGCGCAAGUUUCCUCAUCUUCUGCUACUAGCAGACGACGUCUUCACUAACUUUAAUGGAACGUACACAACAAGCAACAUUGGCUCGUGGGUAAUUAAUGAGCUCAAAGAGGAGAGAAAGGAGGCUCGAAGAAAAGAGUGGGCGGAAAAAAGCAAAGAGAUCUUCAGUAGUGAAUAUUAUGAAGAAGUUGGAAAGAAUGCUUACGAUAAGAAGGGAAGGCCUAAGGAAUGGCCCAUGAAACCGAAUAUUAGGCGUACGGUCAAGCAAAUGGAUGACCUGGAGCGCCGUAUUGAAAAGUUGGAACAUAACCUUAAAGACUUUGAGUAA